AAAUCGUCCAUUUUCGUAGCGUUCACGUGUGAGCGAUGUGAAUUGUGAGUUAUUAGUUUAGAAACAUGGCUAUGCUAGCAGGCCCUCGACGUAAACAGAAAGUAAUAAAUCUUCGUGCAAAGAAUAAUGCUUGGAGCAAUGACUCAAACAAAUUUGGUCAGCGUAUGUUGGAAAAAAUGGGGUGGAGUUCGGGCAAGGGGUUAGGAGCAAAGGAAAAUGGCAUUGUUGAACAUGUAGUCGCUAGAUACAAGAACGAUGAAAAAGGACUAGGUUUUGAAGAUAAGAAUGAUCAGUGGACUAAGCAUGAAGACGAUUUCAAUGCUUUGUUAUCAAAUUUAUCAAAAGAUAAAGGUGACGAUGAAAAGCUCCACAGUGGUGUUUCUUUAGAACAUAAAUCUAAAAAAAGUAAAGCCAGGGUGCAUUAUCAUAAGUUUACACGAGGCAAAGAUUUGACUCGAUACAGUGAAAAAGACCUAGCCAAUAUCUUUGGAAAGAAAAGCCUUAAAAUAACAGAAGAAACUGAAAAAAAGGUUGCAAACAAUGAGAUAAUAGAAACUGAACUGAAGUUCAGUGAAAAAGGCAGCAUGGAGGAUUAUUUCAAACAAAAAUUAUUAGCAUUCAAAUCCAAAUCUAAAAUUUUAGAUGUUAAAUCUAUUGAAAUUCAGCCGACUGAUUCAGAUUACAUGUAUAAAGGCUUUUCAUUAGAUUCUGAUGAAAAUGAACAUAAUUCAAUAGAAAAUUCUAAUCAAAACAUAAUUGAAGAUAAUGUAUUGACAACUAUUAAUGAAAAAUUUAAUGAUAAUAAUGAAGACCAAACUAAGCCACUGAAAAAGAAAAAGAAGUCUAAGAGUAAAAAGAGAGAAUUGACCACACUUUCAACUGAUGUGGAGCAAGACAUACCAUUUAUUGAUGAAAAGGAAAAAAAUUCAAGAAGCCAAGUAAAUGAAUGUGAUUUAAAAUCAACUAAAAAGUCUAAAAGAAAACAGGAAACUGAAGACUCACAGGAAGAAAUACAAGAUACAGUAAUUCCCAAGAAAAAAAAGAAACGAAAAAAUAAAGAGUUAUAUUAAUAUUUAAAUAUUUUUCAAUAAUUGUUUUUUAUAUAGUUGUUUUAUAGUGUAGUUUAAGCUAGUUAAAAAUAGCUACUAUGCAUAUGAUUUUCAUGAGGCCCUAUUCUAUUUGUUGUUAAACGAUAUUUCGGAAAAUUUUAAAUCAUUCUUAUAAUUUUGUUCAAAUUAUGCCCUUGUCAGUGCAUCAGAGGCAGUGUCAGAUUCUACCUUGGUUCCAUUAUAAAUUAUCGGAAAUCGCGUUAAUUAGGAGCCGUAUUAGCAUCUUGAAAAUAAAUUAAAUUUUGUUUUCGAAGAAAAAGAAUAGGCCGUCAGGUGUCAUGUUAAUUCGUACGAGUAGUAAGUAGGUAAUGAAGUAUCCGGUUUUGAAUUGACGAUAGCACAACGUGACGUCAGUGACG